ACUCGGUGACGCUUUAUUAAUACCUUUUAUAUUGAAUCGAGAUUCAUCAUACAAACUUCCAAAGUUUUAUUUCAUAUUUGUUAUUUCUCAUUAAACUAUAAUGAAGAAAAUAAUAUUAAUCUUUGUUUUUGUCUUCUGUGCUCUGAUGUGCAUUGAAGUAGAAUCUAAGCCAGUGGCGCGUUCGAUUGAGCGCUCAAAUGAAGUAGGCCAAAAUUAUAGAAUGUCUCAAUCGAAAAGUAUUGAAAGUAAUUUAGCCCAGGCAUUGUCGUCAAUAUCGAAAAUAAUACAACCGAGAAAUCUACCAGAAAAUGAUAAAAACGGUACCAACACCAAUAUUCAGCCAGUAUUUAAUGAAGAAAUUGCGUCAGUAUCGAAUAAUUUACUUACGAAUUUUUUUUAUCCACUCCUGUCAAGAUUUCAAUUUUCGCCACAAGAAUUUUUUCAGGAUAGUUUAGGCUUUUUGAAAGACACUAUUACCAAAUUAAGUUCGAUAUUUCCAGCUGACACAACACAAGCCAGACAAUUUACAAAUAUGAAUGGACUAGCGAAUUUUAUUGGGCUGGAUGAUAAUGGAUUUUAUACAGACAGACUCGAACCCGCGGGUCUUCUCGGCGGCAAUGGCUGGUUUGCCAAUAAGGGAGGAUUAUUAGGUGGUCCAGGUGCUAUUUUAUCUACCGGGCCCAUUCUAACGGACUAUCCUACGCCCUAUAAAAAAAAAUAACCAGUAAAUAUUGACCAUUAUUUCUAAUCAUACUACAAGCAUUAAGAGGGUGAUUUUUUUUAUUUA